GGAGCCUACGCGGAAUGGAACCCGCGACCUCUAAGGUAGAGAGCGGGCGUGCUACGCCGCUGCUCUCGGAGGAAGUCACAAGCCUAUAUAUAGCGAGACCGGUGUUCAUCUCGACAGUAAGUGAAUCCUCCGCACACCACAAUGAAACUCGUACUCGUCGUCCUUUUAGUGGCCUACGCGUCCGCCGACGUCUCCCACAUCGUGGGCAAGACGGGCGAGGCCAACGCCAAGAUCCUCAACCAGGAGCUGGACACCGGGCUGGAGGGGCAGUACCGCUGGACCUACGAGACUGAGAACGGCAUCUCUGCGAGCGAGCAGGGCGCACCGAAGAUUGUGCCUGGAGCUGAGGACGCAGCUGAGGUAGUCCAAGGCUCCGCACAGUGGACCGCCCCAGACGGCCAGGUCGUCCAGCUGACCUACACCGCUGACGAGAACGGCUACAACGCCCAGGGUUCCCACAUCCCCACCUCUCCUCCCAUCCCAGAUGCCAUCAUCCGCUCCCUGGAGUACAUCAGGGCCAACCCACCAAAGGACAUCAACUAAAACUACACAUUACACUAAAAUAAGAUACUGCCUACAAAAUGGUGCAUGUAUUUAUACUAUUGUACACAAAUCUCAAAUUAGUUUGAUUACUGACAUCAAGAGACCCGCCUGCUAGGUUGCUCACUAUUUUCAUUAAAAAAAAAGAAGAUUGACAGUUUAGUCGAAUUUUAGUUUUUUGUACAAUUUGUGUCUUCGUUAAAUACGUUAAUUUUAGACAAAUUAACAGAAAAUAGGUUCCCAAAAACUGUAUGUCAUGAAACUAAGUAAAUUAAAUAGUUAAAAAACUAUUUUUUUAUAACACUAUAAAGCCUCAAUAGCUCAACGGUUAGCAGUGGUCGGUUGUUCAAACCCUUCCCGUUGCACUAUUGUCGUACCUACUCCUACCACAAGCUUUACGCUUAGUUGGAGGGGAAAGGGGAAUAUUAGUCAUGGUUAACAUGGCAAAUAUUCUUUAAAAAAUAGUUAUUUAAUUAUCAGUUUAGUUUAGUUAGCUUUAAACCCUAAUUUAGUUAAAAUAAACACCCAGUCAAUAGUAUUAGCAAUAACGUUUUCAAUUUCGGAUAAGUUAAAAAAAAUACUCAUUUUUUGUACUUUUUCUUUUUAUAAUAUUUUUAGAGCUAAGGAAAAACAACAUUUUUAAGAUCUGUGAAUUGAUUUCUAUGAAAUCAAUCGGCCAUAUUUUGUAAUAACUAUGUGAUACUUAAAUAAAAAAUACAAUAUGAA